AUGCCCGCCACGCAAGACCUCCCGAUGGACCUCCCCAUCGUCGACCUCGACGUCUUCCUCACCCAGCCCCGCGACUCCCCCGCCGUCGCCGCCGAGUGCGCAAAGGCCGCCAACGCCCUCAUCACCUACGGCGCCCUCGUCCUGCACGACUCCCGCGUCUCCGAGUCCGACAACACCACCUUCCUCGACCUGCUCGAGGACUACUUCGCCCAGCCCGAGGCCGCUCUCCGCAAAGACGAGCGCCCCGAGCUCUCCUACCAGAUCGGCGUCACCCUCGAGAACACCGAGAAGCCAAAGUGCGCCGUCGACGAGCCCUGCCUGCAGGUCAUCCAGCGCCUCGCCCCCUCGGAGCGGCCCCUCGACAUCGGCGCCCACGAGCCCGACCCGAAGUGCCGCUUCUUCUGGAGCAUGGCCGAGAAGCCCCCCUACGAGACGCGCUUCCCGGGCCUCAACGCGCCGAAUGUCGUCCCGGACGCCCCGCACAUCCGCGACCGCUGGCCCGGGGCGAUGAACAAGUGGGGCUCCUCGAUGAAGGCCGCCGUCACGGGGCUCGCUGAGAUGGCCGCCGUCGGGCUUGGGCUGCCUGCGGACACCUUCAGCGCGGCUGGCAAGUACGGCCCGCACCUGCUGGCGCCGACGGCGUCGGACCUGGUCAAGUACGGCAAGCAGGACACCAUCCUCGCGGGCUUCCACACGGACCUGAACUUCCUGACGAUCCACGGCCGCUCGCGGUAUCCUGGGCUGCACAUCUGGGCGCGCAACACGGGCAAGAAGAUUGCCGUGAAGAUCCCUGAGGGGAACUACUUGUUGGUGCAGGCGGGGAAGCAGAUGGAGCACUUCACGGGCGGGCUGAUCAAGGCGGGGUACCAUGAGGUUGUGGUGAACGAGAAGACGCUGGCUGUUAUUGAGCGCAGGAAAAAGGAGUUUCCCGACAGACCGCUGGUGCGUAUUUCGUCGACGUGCUUCUGGCACUUGUCGUCGGACGUGGAGUUGUCGCCGAUUCCCCAGCUCGCGGAGCAGGCGAAGCAGGUGAGGGCGCAGCAGUUCAACCUGGGAAGAGACGAGGGCGAGGAGGUGAGGUACGAGCAGAUGAAGGUUGGAGAGCAAGUACAGCAAGAACUGAAGCAUAUUGCCCUGAUGGCAUCAAGUUGA